AUGAAAUUCCGAGGCCUUAUUUUUUGGUUAGUUUUAAAUGUGAAUUGGCAAGAAGUAUUGACUGCCGAAUCGAAUGCAGAGCCAAAAAGUGAUAACGAAUAUUCAAAAAUUGACCACACAGUUCCUAAUAUUCCUCUAGACUCCUGUAACAUGGAAGAUUUUGCUUGUCUUGCAAUGGCUCACAAGGACCGCUUAGGUCUAGAAGCAAUAAAGCAAUUACACAAACAGCUAGAUGAUGACAAAGAUGGCAACAUAGACUUAUCAGAAUCAGAUGAUUUUCUGAAAGAAGAAUUGAAAUAUAAUUCUGGUGCAGAGAAGAGACAGAAGAAUUUCCAUCGUAAUGAUGAUUAUCACAUUUCUGUGAGAGAAUUGUGGGAAGCUUGGUUGAAAUCUGAGGUUCACAACUGGACUGUGGAGCAAACCACUGACUGGUUGACUUCCUGUGUUGAAUUACCACAAUAUGUUCCUAAAUUUAUUGAGAACAGAGUUACUGGUGCCAAUUUGCCUAGAUUAGCAGUCAACAAUGCACCAUACUUGGCAGUUCUGGGAAUCAAAGACCCCAUUCACAAACAGAAAAUCGCCCUCAAGGCAAUGGACGUUGUACUGUUUGGACCGCCUAAAGAUGUGCCCUAUUGGAAAGACCUGACUCUGAUCUUCCUGAGCAUCGUGGGCGGUCUGGGCGUGUGGUACGCCUACCAGCAGAACAAGAAGUUCAAGCGCCAUCUGACGCGCAUGAACAGCGACAUGGACAGUCUGCAGAAUGCAGAGCGCGCGCUGGAAAACCUGCAGAAGGAGCUGGAGCAGGCCAGGCAGGCGCAGGAGACCGUCAUCAGCGAGAAGCAGAACUUGGAGAAGAAGCUGCAGGACUCGAAGAGCGAUCUGAAUACGCUGCCGUGCUCGUAUUCGGAUUUGGAGGUUACGCAGCUGAAGGCCGAGAUCGAGAUGUUGAGAACGGAGCUACAACUGGCAGAAGGUGAACUCAAAGACAGAUGUUGGGCGCCCCCUGCGGCCCUACAACAAUGGUUGCAACUCACACAUGAAAUCGAAAAUAAGGCCUAUUUGAAGAAGAAGAUUUCUGCCGAGAAACAGUUGCAACAGGCCAGAGAAGCAUGCGAAAAACUGAGAAAGAAAAGAUCCAGCCUGGUGGGGGCGUUCGUCUCGACGCACGGCAAGUCCAUAGACGAGGUGGACAGGAGCAUAGUGGAGGCGCGCACCUCCUUGAACGAGGUCACGCAAGAGCUGCAGGAGAGGGUGCUCCGGUGGAAGCAGAUCGAGAUGCUGUGCGGCUUCAACAUCAUGAACAACAACGGCUUCAAUUACUUGGAGAACGCCCUGUAUAGGAGCACGAACGGGCGCACGAUCGGACUCAGAGGACGUAUGAGCAGUAUGGAUGACUUGGACGAAGACACCAGUUCUGUGUAUGGUAGUACCUUCCCAGGAUAUCACCACAGAGACGCAGACUCUUCGGGCAGCGAGACCAGCAAGCAGGAGGAAGACGCUGGGGUGUCCAACGAGGCCAGGGUCGGCAGAGGUCACAUACAGUUCCUUGUGGGCGAUGAGGGACCUGACGAGAGCAGUCCGACACAACCUUAUCGGCCAAUAACCAGCCGACUGUCCUCCCAUCCGAAAAGCAUCAGCCAAACCAACAUCGCUUUCAGCCCCCCUAUCAAGUCAACGCCGAUAGUGCGGUCCGUGUCCCAGGACAUCCAGAUGCCCGGAGUGGAACUGCGACACAAAUCGUCGCAGUCCGAAUCGAACUUGGAGUCGAUCAAGCCGAAGUCGGGGUCUCAGAGGCACGUGACGAUCAAGGAGCAGCAGACCUCGACUGCGCCCGUUGAAGACGACAUCUGUUCGACGGACUCGUCGAAUGUGGACGAAAACGACGGGAAGAAGAAGAAGCGCAAGUUGAAUUUUUUCGCGAGAAAGAGCAAGAAUAAAGGUGAUUGA